GGUCCCUGAUAAGAUCUAUUUAAAGACUACCACACUACACAAGUUUUGCCACAUACACUCGUUUUUCCUUAUUAGCUCGCUAGACAUUUGAUCAUGGCGAUCCAUCAGCCUCUGAUCGAAGCCCCCAAAACUUCUCACACCAAGACUCUUUUCCUAGUUCUCAUAUCCUUUGCUGCUGUUAUCAGCACCACCUUCUAUGUUUUUCAUUCCUUCAAAACGACCUCGUUUACUGCUCCUUCACUCGCAUCCAACAUAUGUGAUCGAUCCAUAGAAAAGGAAUCAUGCUUAUCCAUGGUCUUAGCAACAGCCCAAGAAUCAAACACGCCGGCACUCAACAACGUUGACCAUCUUCUGAAAGCCUUCCUACAAAAAACCUCACCUCAAAUAACCGAAGCUCUUAAGAUGGCCAACGUUGUUAGCCGUCGGAUCAAUAUGACUCCCAUGGAACGAGCGGCUCUCUUUGACUGCGAAGAGCUACUGGACGUGUCCAGAGAAAGGGUUACGGACUCUAUAUCGAGUCUGUACCUUCAAAACCUUACGUCUCAUUCCCAUGAUGACGCACAUGCAUGGCUUAGCGCCGUUCUCACCAACCAUGUCACGUGCUUAGAUGGGCUCGAGGAAGGUUCAGAUAUCAGGACCAUAAUGGAGCCUAAGCUGAAGGAGUUGAUAUCAAGGGCGAGAACGUCGUUAUCCCUAAUAGUAUCGGUUUUGCCAUCGAAGCCAGUCGAAGAGGUCAUAGAGCCAUUAAAUGGGGACUUUCCCACGUGGGUCAAGGCCAGCGACCGGAGGCUUUUGCAGAGUUCGGCUAAGGCUAUACAGGCCAAUAUUGUGGUGGCCAAGGACGGUAGUGGAAAAUACAAGACCGUGAACGAAGCCGUGGCUGCCGUACCUGACAAAAGCAAGAGCCGCUUUGUUAUUUAUGUGAAAAAGGGUGUUUACAAGGAGAAAGUGGAGAUCGGAAAGAACAAAAAAAAUGUUAUGCUUGUUGGUGAUGGCAUGGAUGCCACUAUAAUCACUGGUAGUCUUAAUGUCGUCGAUGGUUCCACCACUUUCAACUCAGCAACAGUAGUUGCGGUUGGUGAUGGGUUUAUAGCCCAAGACAUAGGUUUCCAAAACACAGCUGGCCCAGAAAAGCACCAAGCGGUGGCACUCCGGGUCGGGGCAGAUCAGUCCGUCAUAAACCGAUGUCGUAUUGAUGCUUAUCAAGACACUCUCUACUCUCACAGCAACAGGCAAUUCUACAGAGAUUCCUCCAUUACAGGCACCGUGGAUUUCAUAUUUGGAAACGCAGCUGCGGUGUUUCAGAACUGCAAAUUGAUAGUCCGAAAGCCCAUGAAGGGUCAGAAAAACAUGGUCACGGCCCAAGGCCGAGAAGACCCAAACCAGAACACAGGGACCUCAAUUCAGAACUGUGACAUCAUUGCCAGUUCUGAUUUGGAGCCCGUUAAGAUCUCAUUCCCCUCUUACUUGGGCCGUCCAUGGAAGAUGUACUCUAGAACUGUUGUUAUGCAGUCUAACAUCGGUGACGUCAUUGUUCCAGCUGGGUGGUUCGAGUGGGAUGGAGAUUUCGCUUUGAAAACUUUGUACUAUGGAGAGUACUUAAACAGAGGCCCAGGGGCUGGAACUAGCAAGCGAGUUAAAUGGGCCGGUUAUCAUGUCAUUACGAGCGCAGCAGAAGCCCAAAAGUUCACAGUAGCCCAGUUGAUCCAAGGUGGAGUUUGGUUGAAAUCCACUGGUGUGUCUUACACUGAGGGGCUAUGAGUUCUUUUUGGAUAUGGAUAUGGCUUCGGCUUUAUUUGUUUUAGGAUUCUAGCUUUUUUUCUUUUUCUUUGGUGAGUUUCUAAGUUUUUUUUUAAGGAAAAAAAAAUGGUAGGUUCAUUUCUGGUAACUGUACCAUUACCAUCGGCGGUGGCUUCUAUGUGUAUCAUCCUUGCCGUUUAAAUAAGUGCAAUGCCGAGGCUUUUUCUAUAUAAAUCACUUAAUAAUGUCAUGAA